CCGGCUCCUCCUCAUUCGUAUUCCUUGCAGGACGACAGGGGACUUACGGACCGGGCGCGGAGAAAUCGGGAGAGAAUAAGGUACCACUGUUACUGUAGAUAAGUCGUAUCUCCACUGCAGACCUUCGCGGCCUCUAUUAAAAAGCACACAACGUACCUGCGGACGAUCACACGAUCGUACUCAUCCGGACCCGAAACUCUGAUAUUCUUUCCCGAAUCGUCACUGUUUUGCAACCAAAUAUGAUCCUCUCUCUAUUCAACGUCAUCUUCUUCUUCAUCGCAUUUGCUGCUGCUGAUGGAAGUGCAAAAAAAGGCCUAAUUCAUGUGGACCUUACGGAUAAGGAUGUGGUCCCACUCUCAGAAAUGCCCAGGGUGGCUGGUUUAGAUGAACGAGAAGGAGGAUUCAUCGGGGAUUUGAUUAUUGGACAGAGGCGUGCAGACGAAACUGUUUUUCGCCGUACCGUGCAAGUAUCCAAUCCUACCAAACAAGUUUACAGCACGGCCAUUUCUCUAAACGUUAACAACGGAAUUAUACACCAUUUGAGUGUGUUCAACGAGAGAGGUAGCUAUGGGGUGGUCUGUGACGAACCCUACACCCUCGGAAAGUCCAGAAGCAGUUUCAACGUUCGAGUGCCACCCAACACAGAAUCCUCACUCUCGCUAAUCGUCGCCGCUCACUAACAGCCAGCUGGAAAAUUCCACAGAUUGCAAAUUUGCAGAAGCACCCACGCCACUCUUCAAUUCUACGUUUUCAUUUUCCAUGUACCCACCUUUGUUAUCAACCUUUUAUUCAUCAUGCUUUUCCAUGACCUGCG